CUGCCUUGAACACAAACAACAGCCCCUCUUCCAUUUCUCUUUUCCCUCCUACAUCCAAACUACCCUGGCUUCACUUCUCACACCAUACAAUAAUCAUACUCAUCAGUCAGUGAGCUCACAUGGAUUAACAGUCAAGUCACAAUUUAGUCUUUAACGGCCUACUAGGGAACAGUCACUUGCACCUAUUACACUCGCCCUAGCCCCUUCCCAGCUUAGGAUCGCAGGACCUCGGGACCACAGAACCGAAGGAUCGCAGUACCAAAAGAUCGCAGGAUCGCAAGAAUAUAGGACCGCAGAACAUCAGACCGAUUUACUCCAAACACUGUCAUCUCCAAAAUGGAUUCUGACACAUCCAACUUCACCCACUCAGUCCAAACUGGACGCGGCACAUCCAUCGGCAUGAGCGAUAAUAUCCUCUUGUCAUGGCCAACCACUUCGAUCAUGGGAGCUUUCAUUUUGGCCUGGCUCAUGUUGUGUGCCUCUCUACGCUUUAGACGCAUCAAUGGCCUACAAAAACGCAUGGGCUACACUGACCGUGCUUCUCUUGCCGGCAUGAGCAACAUUGAUGCCCAGCUCAUUCUCAAGCACCUCAUCGAGUAUGAGUUUCCCAAGUUCUACCUGCUUUCACUCCAGUUCGCCAUCUUCAAGACUUAUGGCUUCGAGACCGUAUCCAAGCUCAUCGUUGCCACCAAGAACCUGGCCGAUCCGGAGAAUGCGCAGAAGAGAUACGAGGACACAACCAUCAUCUUUGGCGAAUUCUCCAUGAACCCUCCAACCUCGGACCGCGCCCUCAAAGCCAUCUCCCGCAUGAACUUUCUCCAUAGCAGCUACAAGGCCCGUAACCAAAUCUCCAAUGCCGAUUUUCUGUACACCCUCGCCGUCUGCGUCACGGAGCCCAUCCACUUCAUGCGCUUCUACGAGUGGCGCGACCUCACCGACAUGGAGGUCUGCGCCAUCGGAACCCACUGGAAGUCCAUCGGCGACGCCAUGGAUAUCCAGUACAAGGGCUACCUCACCCAGGACUCUUGGGCUGACGGCAUCGAAUUCGUCAACGACAUCACCGCGUGGGCCAAGCGCUACGAGAUCGAGGCCAUGAAGCCCGCGGGAACCAACAUUCGCGCUGGCGCCCAGCUGACACGAAUGCUUCUCUGGCACGUUCCGGGCUUUGCUAAGCCGUUUGCGAAAGAGGUUUUGACUGUCCUCAUGGGAGAACGUGUUCGUGAUACAUUCUGCUUCCCGGAACCAGGCAUCGUCGCCUCCUUCACGGCCUACGCCGCCCUCGUCGCCCGCCGCUUCUUCGUCCGCCACUUGAUGCUCCCCCGCUUCUCCCCCGUCAUCUUCUUCUCCGACCCGGAUCCCAAGACGGGCCGCAUCCUGCACCACGACUACCUUGUUCACCCAUACUACAUCCCCGCCACCUUCUGGAACCGCUGGGGCCCCGUCGCGCUGAUCACCCGUCUCCUCGGGGGUACCGUCCCCAGCUCAGAAAAGAUGAUGCCGAACGGCUUUCUCGUUGAGGACAUUGGUCCCAAGGAGAAGAUGGGCAAGGGUUCCGCUGAGUUGGCUGAGGGAGUUGAGAUGCUCCGCUGUCGCGGCCGCGGUGCCUGUCCCUUUUCGGGAUGAGUCAGUCGUAUACCCAUACGAUACGAGGAUGAGGCAGUGGGAGAAGAUAUACAAGCACGAGGCUUUGCGAAUUCGUUGCUUCCGAGAAGGAGGCUCAUGAACAGGCGUUUUGGUUUCUUCCAUGGACGAAGGUUAGAUAUCCUAGGUCGGCCUGGUUGGCCUACCAGGAGUUUCGCGUACAUAGCUUCGUAUACUCAGGGCAUAAUACAU